CGAGCCUCCUUCGAUCCCAACUCCUUGUCAUUAUCUAACACUGUUCCUUCCUUCAUUCUCUCCUUUUUGUUCUUUCUUCCCUUCCUUGUCAUUAUCCUUCAUUCUCUUCUCAAUUUCUCCUUCUUUCCCCUUCCCUCCCUUCCUUCCUUCACUUAAUUUCUUGUCAUUAUCUAACACUGUUCCUUCUCUCAUUCUCUCCUGUUCCUUCUUUCUUUCCUUCCCUUCCUUGUCAUUCUCUCCUCUUCCUCCUUCUCUCCCUCCCCUCCCUCCCUCCAUCCCGACCCCGCGUUGCCAUGGAGACGCGUCCCCAUGUGGCGGCGCUGGUGGUGGUCAGCGCACACACGCCUCCCUUUGAAGGACUCAGGGGAAGGAUAUCCGCCCAUUCAGCAGGAUCUAGCGCCUAAGAUAUAGAGAAGGAGUAAAAUAAAGGAUAUCUAGCGAGUUCAUCAGGAUCCGACCUUUACAGAGGCAACAAUGAUGGAGUCUGCUCUGGAGAAAGCCCUUUCCAACCCUGGUUUAGGGGUUCUGCUGCUGGAUGACACGAACAGAGCCUUAGCAGAAGAUGUGGAGCAGCUCAGGCAGGAGGUGGCAGGGAUGGACCAAGUGUGGAAGGCGGAGAAUGAGGUGCACAAGCACAACACCCAGCGCACGGCAGAGAUGAACCAGAUGCUGCAGGACAUUCAGGCACUGGUGGUGGCCUACAGCAAGGACAUAGAAGCUGAGGGUGAACAGGAGCGAGUGACCAACAGUGAAGCAGCAGGAAUUUUGAGACAGUGCAGGAAGAAGCACUCAGACCUGGCCACCCUGCAGGAAGCCUCAGAAAGUCUUGAGGCCCGGGCAGCUCAGAGCCGGAGGGAAACAGAAGAGCUAGAGAAAAACUUAAUGGAUGACUCUGGUCUCCUAAAAGAGCUGUUGGACCACUUGGCUGAAGCUGAGAGGGAUAAUUUGUUGCUUCUUCAGUACUCAGCAGAGGAUGCCUCCAAGCUCAAGGAGCUGAGUGUGUCCCUAGAGCAAGAGUGCAUGAAAGUGGCUCAGGCAGAAGCAGAACUCUCUACUGCUCAGGGAGAGGUGCAGGUGGCACAGGCAACACUGGACCAGCUGGGAACAGCCUUCCUUCAAGCAGCUGCUGAUCGUGACCACUUGUUGGCCCAGUGGGAGGUGACCCUGGACCACAUCUUUCAUAAGGCCAAUGAAAACACAGCAUGCAUUGAGGACUCAAUGGCAGUGCAACAGAAAGUAGCAGUGUUGAGGAGGGAAGUAGAACAGGAGACUCAGAUUCUGCUGCAGGUGAAGGACUCCUGCCGAGAAGCAUCUGAGAACCUGAGGGUAGUGGAGGAGGAGGCACAGUGGGUGGCUGGCCAGCUGCAGGUUACCACUGCCACCAGGGAACAGAUCCAGGCUCAGGUGUGGACGAUGGAAAAUGCUAUUGGCAAGAUCAGCAAGGAAAUAGAAGGGCUGGAACAGAGGCUGGGAGAGCAGAAGAACUUCCUUGAAGAAAAAAAAGCCUUCCUUGCAGGCCUCAAGCAGCAAUGUGUUAAAGCAGAAGAGAAACUUGCCCUGAACACUGAACUAGUUAUGUCAGCUGAGGAGACAUUGCAUUCCUUGGAGGCGCUGAUUAAGGAGGCAGAAGGUAUGGCGAGGGGGCUCGUCAAGCAGAAAGAGAGGGUGGCAGAGGCUGAGCAGCAUCACAGGCAAAUCCUGAGCAAGUGGCAGGAGGAAGAAGCAAGAAUCAAAGGUGAGACAGCUGCCCUUCACUCCACAAAGGCUCGCCUGCAAACCAACAUCAAAGUGCAUGAAGGGAAAAUAGCCAAGCAGAAGGAGAUAAUACAUGAUCAGGAGGCAGAUGUACAAAGGCUAAGGAGACGGAUACACGACCUCACUCAUGACAGCAACAAUAACACUGUGGAGGAGUCGGAGCAGCAGAAGCACCUGGAAGUCUUGCAGCAACGGUUACAAGACAUCUCCCAUACAAUAAAGGUCUUGACCAAACAGCUGGCUAGUCUCAAGACAGCACGCUUCACUGAACAAACAAAUGUGAGUCAACUGGAGAAGCAAGAAGAGAGAAUUGAAGCUGAAUUAGCUACUGUGAGGAUGAACAGUCAUAAUGCUGAAAGGGAAUUGGCCCGGCUCACCAGUACUCGAGAGGAGGUGCGGGUGGACAUUGGCCUGGAGCAGCUUCACCUUCAACGGCGCAUAAGGCAGCUGCAGGCCACCACAAGCCAGGCUGCCAGUCUCUCAGGCCAAAGAGCCAACAUGGAACAGGUGGUGAUGGAGCAGAUACAUGAGCUGAAGACUCGCACUGGGGAGAUGGAGCGAGCCAGGAGGACAGUGGAGGGGGAACUUCACCAGUUAUCUCUUCAGGUUCACCAAGCAUCCUCCAGACUCCUGCAGCUCAGGGACAAGUACAACAAGAUAAAGUGCAGUCUGGACUCCACUGAGGGUGAAGAGGUAUCGACCACGGGUGUCUUCCUGAAAGUGGAGAGUGAACGAGCAGGACUUCAAGAGGCAGGUGACCUACUGGACCGGGAGGUGAGGCAGGCAGAGGAAGAAGUGGAGGCAUUGCAGAAAAUGGUACAGUUGAUGACCAUUGAGGGACAGCAGUAUCGCUCACAGCUACAUUUGAUCUUCCACCACAGUGAUGAGCAGAAAGAAAAGAUGGAGCUGGAGGAGCGUCUCACGGCCCUGCAGGAAGAAACUCUGGUGUGGGAAGCUGUGUUGGAGGAGGAGGAAUCGACACUUCAGGGGACACAAAACAAAUUACGAGAGAUAGAACUACAGGUGAGAGCUGUAGAAGAGUUGCUGCGGGAGAAAAACACUCACCUAAGAGCAGUGCAGCAAGAGACUGAGAACCUGACGACCAAGAGUGCGCAUGCCACACAGGCAGCCAACACCCUGCUGUGGAGGGCCAGAGUAAAGUCUUCCAUUUUGAGUGACAUAGAGCUUCGGCUUGGCCAGGAACGUCUAAGAAGUGUCCACUCCCUCCUUGGUGAAGCUGUGUCCUCCCACCCAGAGGCAAACCAGGCCACAGUCAUUUACUGCCAACACGCCAACAUUCCGCCCCCUGACAUACACAGCUUGAUGAGGAGGGAAUCAUAUGGCUCAAGAUCCAGUCUAGGGACCUUGCAGUCUUCCCGGAGCAGUAGCAGCAGAAGCAGUAGUGCCAGCAGCAGGACACAGAUGGGGAGCGAGUCAGCCAGAUCCCACCUGUCCCAGCACUCACAGGACUCUGGUCGUAGUGGAUCUCCUCUUACAAGACCUAAAUCAGCAUCAAGACCUUCUUCCUCUACUCAUUUACCCAUGCCAAAGAUUACACUCAUCAAUCCAGCUUUCCCACCUAAGGAACAAAGGAGAGCACACCACUAUCAAGGGAAGAAACUUUACAAGAGGCCGAACAAACAUCCGUAGGUAAAGCUACUGACAACUUUAUUGGAAUUAAAACUCAAGGGAAGUUUCUUAUUUAUCUUUUGAUCAGUGAAAUAAUUAAAAUGUGAAUAUACGU